AGUCAAUCAUUCGCGAUACACGCGCGCUUUCUGAUCGAGAACCUUAAAAAGUAACCAUGAGUCUUGUUCCCGUGGAUUUCUUUGACUGGGGAUACUGGGACAAACAAAGGUCCCUCUUCCCUAGCUUCGAGAGAGAGUUUGCACGCUCCUUUGAAGAAUUCGACCGUGAAUUGGGUAGAAUGAAAGAUGAGAUGCAUAAACUAGUUCCGAAAGAAUUGAAGAAAGACAAUUUUUUGAACAUUUCUAAUCCUUAUGUUGAAGAUGCAUCAGGAAACAAAAAGCUGCAUCUGAAAUUUGAUUGCAGCGACUUUAAACCGGAGGAAAUUAACGUGAAAACGGACGACAGGAAUUUGGUCGUCCAUGCCAAACACGAGGAGGACUCCAAGGGACAAAAAGUGUACAAGGAGUUCACACAGACCUAUCUACUUCCUGAGGGGGUGGAUCCCCAGAAAGUCCAGUCCACGCUGACCAAUGACGGCGUCUUGUGUGUGGAAGCCCCCGCGCCUAAAGCUGUGGAGGCCCCCAAGGAGAGAGUGAUCCCCAUCGAAUACAUGAAGAAAAAGUGAACUCCGAGAAACUUGCAAAAUUCAUUAUCAUUUCAUUUCAUAUGGACGUUUUUAAAGUGUCUGUGACUCCUUUGUUUUCUGUCUCUCUCGCGGUAAGAAAUCCCGUAACUGACCAUGCUUUGUCAAUAUACAUGACUGCAUCUAUGUCGAUGUCAAUUUUUUGAUAUUGUGAAUAAUUAAAUUAACUGAAAUUCUU